GUGCCUGGCGAGGGCGAAAAGGAGAUUCAGUCUCCAUGCAAGUCCCGGCGGCACCGGCCCAGGCACUGAGCAGCUGCAUCCCGCCGGCCCCUGUGCCCAGAAUGGCCUGCACUACCACCACCACCAUAGGCCCCACUGGGGGUCACCGUAGCUCCAAGGAGUGCGACCUGGAGUGCCUGGUGUGCCGGGAGCCCUACAGCUGUGCCCGGUCGCCCAAGCUGCUGGCCUGCCAGCAUGCCUUCUGUGUCGUCUGCCUGAAGCUCCUGCUGUGCAUUCAGGACAGCACCUGGUCCAUCACCUGCCCGCUAUGCCGCAAGCGCACCGCUGUCCCCGGCGGCCUCAUCUGCGGCCUGCGUGACCAGCAGGCAGUGAUGGGGCGACUGGCCCGGUCAUACCCCGAGGUGCGGCUCUCUCCUCAGGGGCUGGCGGAUCCUGCUGCCUCAACAGAGGGGCACCCCAGCUUGGCAGGAGAAGAUGGGCAGGACACAGUAAGUGCCAACCGCGCGGCGGCCCGGCGUCUGGCCGCACACCUGCUCCUGCUGAUCUUGCUCAUCAUCCUCAUCCUGCCCUUCAUCUACCCAGGCGUCAUCCGGUGGGUGCUUGCCUUCAUCAUCGCCCUGGCCCUGCUGAUGUCCACCUUCUUCUGCUAUCAUCCCAGGCAGGGCAGCUGCUCGUUCUUCCCCAGGACUCCGUUCUGCAGAGAGCAGAAAGACAGCCAGGUCUCCUCCAUUGCCUGAGUCACUCUGACCAGGA